AUGGCACCGCUCAGAGUCUCCAUCAUCGGAUCCGGGAGCUGGGGAUCCGCCGUCUCCAUCAUCAUCGGGAAUAACACGAAGAGAUCGAACCGCUUCCAUCCCCCGGUGACCAUGUGGCUGUACGAGGAGAUCAUUGAUGGGCGUCGGCUCUCUGACAUCAUCAACCAGGAACACGAGAACGUCAAGUACCUCCCCCGCCACCGACUCCCCCGCAACGUGGUGGCGGUGCCGGAGUUGUUGGACGCGGUGUCGGGGGCGGACAUCUUGGUGUUUGUGGUGCCCCAUCAGUUCAUCGGCUCUGUCUGCGACCGGCUGGUUGGACACCUGAAAUGUGGAGCUUUCGGCAUCUCCCUGAUCAAGGGAGUGGAUCAGGGGCCCAACGGACUGAAGCUGAUCUCCGAUGUGAUCCGGGAGAAGCUCGGCAUACAGGUCAGCGUUCUGAUGGGGGCCAAUAUCGCCAGCGAGGUGGCCGAGGGCAAGUUCUGUGAGACCACCAUAGGGUGUAAGAAUCCCCAACAUGGACAGAUCUUCAAAGAACUGAUGCAGACGCCGAACUUUCGGGUCACGGUGGUGGAGGACUGCGACACGGUGGAGAUCUGCGGAGCCCUCAAGAAUAUAGUGGCCGUGGGCGCCGGGUUUUGUGACGGUCUGGACUUCGGUGACAACACAAAGGCCGCUGUGAUCCGCCUCGGUCUGAUGGAAAUGGUGGCAUUCGCUCGCCUCUUCUGCGCCGGCGCCGUGUCCACCAGCACCUUCCUGGAGAGCUGCGGCGUGGCCGACCUCAUCACCACCUGUUACGGCGGACGGAACCGCAGGGUGGCGGAAGCCUUCGCCAGGUCCGGUAAAUCCAUCGAGGAGCUGGAGAGAGACAUGCUGAAUGGACAGAAGCUCCAGGGCCCGCCGGCCUCCGCCGAGGUGUACAAGAUCCUCCAACAGAAGGACGCCGUGCAAAAGUUCCCCCUGUUUGUGGCCGUGUAUCGCAUCUGCUAUGAAGGUCGCCCCGUCCAGGAAUUCAUCUCCUGUCUGCAGAACCAUCCGGAGCAUUACUAG